CAGGUUGAAGUCGUUUAAACACGUGAUGGAUUGAACAAUUACCCUAAUACAGACAUUAUUAUUCUUUUUUAAACAAGAAAAUAAAAACACUUGUUUGGAAAGGUAGACAAAUACGUUAAGUGGUGGAUAUUGUUGCCCCUUGUAUCUAUAUCUGUGCACGUAAACGUCCCAGUUUUAUUUCUUUGAGUACAACCAGUAUAAAAUAAGUUCUUGUAUAUAAAAUAAGUGGCCUCAUCAUUUGUACGUUUUGAUCAAAUAUUGCAUGAUAUUAACCAGUAAGAGACAAUUCCGAAAUCUGCGCGCCGAACGGAAGUACCGUAUUACAGAAAGGACAACACGGAAGAUCGGCAGCAAUGGCGGCGGCUGAAAACAAUGUGGAACUUAAGCGAAAAGCAGAUGACACUCAGGAUGGAGAAGGUGGUGACAAAGAAGAAGAAGAAGAGUGGGUCGGACCCAUGCCAAGCGAAGCUUCCGAGCCUAAGAAGAGGAAAGUACUCGAAUAUGAGCGUGUAUACCUGAAAAACCUCCCCUCAGCUGCGAUGUAUGAACGGAGCUACAUGCACAGAGACGUUAUCACACAGAUAGUUUGUUCCAAGACAGACUUCAUUAUCACUGCCAGCCAGGAUGGCCAUGUCAAGUUUUGGAAGAAGAAGGAAGAUGAGGGAAUCGAGUUUGUCAAACACUUCCGAAGCCAUCUUGGUGUGAUAGAAAGCAUUGCAGUGAGUUCUGAAGGGGCUCUUCUCUGUUCUGUUGGUGACGAUCAGGCCAUGAAAGUAUUUGAUGUGGUCAACUUUGACAUGAUCAAUAUGCUGAAGUUGGGCUUUCAUCCAGGCCAGUCUGAGUGGAUCUACAAUCCUGGAGAUGCCAUUUCCACAGUGGCCUGCUCGGAAAAAUCCACAGGGAAGAUCUUCGUCUAUGACGGAAGGGGAAGCAACCAGCCCCUCCACGUCUUCGACAAGAUGCACUCCUCCCCGCUGUCCCAAAUCCGCCUGAAUGCUAAAUUUAGAGUCAUCGUCUCUGCCGACAAAGCAGGAAUGCUGGAAUACUGGACUGGCUUCCGAAGUGAAUUCAAGUUCCCCAAGUAUGUGCAAUGGGAAUACAAAACAGACACAGACUUGUAUGAAUUUGCGAAACACAAAACCUAUCCCACCAGCCUCGCGUUUUCUUAUGAUGGGAAGAAAAUGGCCACCAUUGCUACCGACAGGAAAGUUCGGAUCUUCCGCUUCCUAACGGGAAAACUGAUGAGAGUGUUCGACGAGUCGUUAACUAUGUUCACAGAGUUGCAGCAGAUGAGGCAGCAGCUGCCCGACAUGGAGUUCGGCAGGCGGAUGGCGGUGGAGAGAGAACUGGAGAAGGUGGACGGGAUCCGACUGACAAAUAUCAUCUUUGAUGAGACCGGCCACUUCGUGCUGUAUGGGACCAUGUUGGGCAUCAAGGUCAUCAAUUUGGAAACCAACAGAUGUGUGCGGAUCCUCGGGAAGCUGGAGAACAUUCGCGUGGUGCAGCUCGGUCUGUUCCAGGGCGUUGCAAAGGCCAUGCAAGUGGCAACCACAGUGGAGAUGAAGGCGUGUGAAAACCCUGCCUUAGAGAACAUGAUGCCCGACCCCACCAUAUUCUGCACCGCAUUUAAGAAGAACCGCUUCUACAUGUUCUCAAAGAGAGAACCAGAGGAUACGAAGAGCGCAGACUCGGACAGAGACAUCUUUAACGAGAAGCCCUCGAAGGAAGAGGUGAUGGCUGCCACGCAGGCUGAGGGCCCCAAGAGAGUGUCUGACAGUGCCAUCAUCCACACCACCAUGGGAGACAUCCACAUCAAGCUUUUCCCCGUAGAAUGCCCCAAAACUGUGGAGAACUUCUGUGUUCACAGCAGGAACGGUUACUUCAACGGCCAUAUAUUCCACAGAGUGAUCAAGGGUUUUAUGAUUCAGACGGGAGACCCCACAGGCACAGGCAUGGGAGGAGAGAGCAUCUGGGGAGGAGAGUUCGAGGACGAGUUCCACGCCACGCUGAGGCACGACCGCCCGUACACACUCAGUAUGGCGAACGGAGGCCCCGGCACCAACGGCUCACAGUUUUUCGUGACUGUAGUACCAACUCCUUGGCUCGACAACAAGCACACAGUGUUUGGAAGAUGCACAAAGGGCAUGGAGGCCGUCCAGAGGAUCUCCAAUGUCAAAAUUAACCCCAAGACCGACAAACCGUAUGAAGACAUCAGCAUAAUCAACAUCACCGUAAAGUGACCGUAUGUCUUGAACAUGUCCUGUACAGUGAUGCUUUGUUUUUUGUACCAGAGUGAGUUAUUAAAGAAUGCUUUGAGCGAGACUAUAGUUUGUAUUUGUGGUGCAGAGUUCACCUCAAAGAAGCUACAAAGCCAGAUAAAUAAGGUCAAUUAGUUUAUUUAACAGCAACACAUUGUGAAUCAUUUACAAGAGCCAUCAUCAGGUCCACGGGUAACAAAGGUUCUGAUGCGCAUUGUGCUUCAACGUUUCAAAAACAAAUGGAAAUGUUUUUAUUAACUGGAAAGGCUUUUCACACAUGCAAUUUUUUUAUUUAUUAUUAGUAUUUUUAUACAUAGAUACAUGUAAACAUUACAUAGCAAUGAAUAAAGAUGAAGUCAAA